CCUACCAACAGUGAGUGAGUGAAUGGAAGAUAUACUUUCUUAUCACAUUCAGAAUGUCAAGAGGAUUUGCCUGCCUGGUACAAGAAUGCUGGGUGGCAAUGUUUUGAGGAUUUCUGGCAAAUGUUCGGCCAAUCAGCUUUCUCCAUCUCAUUCACUUCCCAUCUGCCCUGUAGAGAUUUAGUGACAGCAUUAAACCAUGAGAAAAUAAGCUUUACCAGUCUGAGGACCCAGACAGGUUUCAGGGUCUGAUGAGGAUUUCACUCUCUAGUCCUUACUUCUUCUGGAGAACUUCAGUCUAUUGCAGAAUGAUGUCUCUGCUGUAUGCUUUGUUUCUCUGGGCAGUAUGGCCCCAAUUUCCUGUUGUCAAAACCAAAGAUGCUGUUGAAGAGCCUAAAACCACAGACUCUUUUAAAACAGACACUUCUCAGACUCAUCGAGUUAGCAGCGGCCUAAUGCAGUGUGGGGAAUACAGCAAUGAAGUGAUGCCAAACGGACAGUGUCGUUUAAUAGCCACUUUACCUCAGUUGGAGGAGCAGCGGUGUCCAGACAUGUUCCGCUGUACAGAUGAGGUCUCCUACUGGCUGCGUGAGAACGAAGAGCGCAAGCAGCAAAUGCAGGACCUGAAAGAGACCAUCUCAGAGCUUCAAGAGGAGCUGAGGAAUCACAGGCAUCGCAUUAAAGUGCUGGAACUGCAGCGUGAGGAGAAGUAUGGCGUAAACUCAUCUUUAGAGCAUCGCUUCCACAUGCUGCAGGAGAUCUAUGAAGAGGCCAAUGCACUGCUGCACAUCCACGGAUCACUCAUAUAUGACAUGCAAACACAGAUUCGCAACCUCACUAUGAUAGUAGAGCGUGUGAGGCGCAAUCCUGGCUGUAUGAUCAAUAUCAUCCGCACAAAUCCGCUCCUCGGUGCCCAAGAUACCCUUCAUCCAGAGGUUCAGCAUGUAAGGAACUGCCCAAUUGACUGUGCAUCUCUGUACUACAAUGGAGUCCACAGAUCUGGGAUUUUUACUGUUGUCCCUUCAAUACGAUCGACUCCUGUAGAAGUUUAUUGUGAUAUGGAGACCCAAGGAGGUGGAUGGACCAUGUUUCAGCGUCGACAGGAUGGAAAGGUCAACUUCAACCGCAAAUGGACAGAAUACAGGGAUGGCUUCGGAGAUCUGCUUGCAGAAUUCUGGCUAGGAAACGAUCACAUCCAUGAUAUCGCCAGCCAGGGAGAGUAUUCCCUUCGUAUUGACCUUGAGGACUGGAAUGGCAAGCACAAACACGCACUGUACCAGAACUUCUGGAUUGAGAACGAGGACAACCUCUACCGUCUCCAUGUAUCAGGAUUCAGUGGUACAGUUGAAGACUCGUUUGGCUGGUACCAUGACAAGCAAAGCUUCAGCACUGCAGACACAGGUGACAUCUGUGCUGAGAUAUCUCACGGAGGCUGGUGGUACCAUCAGUGCUUCUUUGCCAACCUCAAUGGAGUGUAUUAUAAGGGGGGGCGUUACUCUGCCAAAGGGAAGAAUCUUCUGGGGCCUGAUGGGAUUGUGUGGUACACAUGGAAGGACUCAGAUUACUAUUCCUUGAAGAAGGAUGCACCAUAUUCCUGUUCACAGCAACAAGGUGGACACAGGUGACACAAAAGGCCUGUCUCAUUGUGACCUAGUGAGGUGCCUACCUAGACAGUAUUUUGAGGUGGGUUUUGAGUCAGCUGACUGUUUGUGUAUAUUUGUACCUAGAUGACUCAGAACCUGCAUAUAAUGCCCAUGAAUACUACUAAUGCAGAUCACUAGGUUUUGAGAUACAGCAAGUUUUAAGUGAUGAUAAUAAAUUUAAUAAAUUAAUACAUUUUUUGUACUAAUCCCCAACAGAUAAUAGUAACAUAUACACAAACAUUAAGUAACAGCCUUUCAUAAUACAAUUAGCUAAACUUUUCAUUUGCAUCUGCUGUCUCUCUUUCUCUCUCUCUCUUUUUUAAAUAAAUGUAACCAAUUUAACUAUUUUAAUCAUUUAAUCUAACUGAUCUUUAUGGUUAUUGUCAAAUCAUACUUU